UCUUAAGCUCUGUACAGUGACAGUCGGGAACCUCCCCAAACCCCAACAGUUCAACACAGCUUCCUUCCUCCCCUUCCGACGGCUCGUCCAACUAUAAUCGUCUCGAUGAAGAAGCUACUUCUUCGAUGGACUCCAUGGCAGAUUAACAACACUAACAGUGGGAUUUGCCGCGUCUCCACUUUCAUUUCUUCGUUCUACUCCACCGGAACGCUAGCCGCCUCUUCACCUGCUCUAAGCAGCUCUCUCUACCGUAGGAUUUCUAGCGUCGAAUAUCCGACGGCCUCGAUCUCUCCGGUGCUUGAUCAGUGGCUGGAACAAGGAAAAGAUGUCGAACAGUCGGAGCUCCGAAGUUUUAUCAAGAUUCUCCGGAAAUUUAAUCGUCCCAAACACGCCCUUGAGAUAUCAGAAUGGAUGGAAAAUCAAGCGAGUCAUUCCCUGUCACAUGGUGAUGCUGCUGUAAAGCUCGAUUUGAUCUCAAAAGUUUAUGGUAUAGAGCAGGCAGAGGAAUAUUUUAAUGCCAUCCCUAGUGAUUUGAAACACUAUAAGGUUUAUGGUUCUCUUUUAAACUGCUAUGCAAAGAAGAAGUCAUUGGAAAAAGCCGAAGCCAUCAUGCAAAAGAUGAGGGAGCUUGAUUUUACAAAGUCACCACUUCCUUAUAACGUAAUGCUAAACCUCUAUUCUCAGCUCGGGGAGCAGGAGAAAUUGCGUUUGUUAAUGCAAGAAAUGGAAGAAAAGGAUAUCUCUUGUGAUCGGUUUACACUCAAUAUCAUGUUGAAUGCACAUAUUGGUGCUUCUAAUGUAGAGGGGAUGGAGAAUCUUCUUACAAAGAUGGAAGCUGAUCCUAACGUGGUCGUUGGUUGGAACGCUUAUGGUACUGUGGCAAAUGGGUACAUGAAAGCUGGAUUAACUGAAAAGGCUUUGAUUAUGUUGAAGAGAUUAGAGCAAAUAAUCAGUGGCAAAAAAGGAAAACUUGCCUAUGAAAUUCUCCUCACUUCAUAUGCUGCUGCUGGGAAAAGAGAAGAAGUGUAUCGCAUCUGGAAUUUGUAUAAGAAUAUGAAGAAAACCUAUAAUUCUGGCUACUUGUGUAUGAUAAGUUCAUUGUUGAAGUUGGAUGACAUUCCUGGUGCUGAAAAGAUCUUGGAAGAGUGGGAAUCUAGGCACAAAUUCUCUGAUGCCCGUAUCCGAAACACAAUGAUCCGUGGUUAUUGUAAGAAGGGUUUGCUGGAAAAGGCGGAAGAAUAUGUAAACAAGCUUGCGGAGAAUGGAAAGGUGCUAAAUGCUGACACAUGGGAAUGUCUUGCAACUGGAUAUAAACUUGAGAAUAAGAUGGAUAAGGCAGUGGAGACAAUGAAGAAAGCACUACUAGCAAGUCAACCAGAACGAAGAUCAAGUCCUUUUACUCUGGCUGCCUGUCUAGACUAUCUAAAAAGUCGAGAAGAUUUAGAAGAAGCAACAGCUUUUCUGAGAUUGACUAGGGAACGAGGUAUUCUCUCGGUAGAUGUUUAUGAAAGACUAUUGAAUUAUAUCAAUGAUGGAAAUCUGAGCUCCAAAGCCGUUGACGUAAUAAUGGAAGGGAGUGAAUGGAGUUUUCAUGGAAAGACAGGUGCGUAAUAUCACAUAUAUGACCACAACAACUGACUGUAUGCACAAUUCAGUUGACAGAUAAUGAUAUGGCUUAUAUCCUUCUAUAGGAUUGAUUUUCUCCUCCUGAACAUUGAAUAACUUAAAUUUACCUUCUUGGUUGAGGCAUUUGGAUUUUAACAAGAAAGAGAAUUGGUGCUUGUCUGGAACCUAACCAUCUCCAUGUGGUGUAUAUAGGAGUUCAAUAUCUGUAUUCUUAUCUUCUUGUUUUCUCAUUUUGGUUAAAAUUGAGUCAUGUAGUUGAAGACAAAGGGAUGUAAGUGUUCUACUCUGAUUUUUCUACUGAAAAUAGUCUCCUUUAGCAGAAUAACCUCUGUUUGAUUCAA